GAUGUGCGUGAGUGCACUCGGGUCGCCGGCGCGGUCGUCGCCGGUCUCCGCCGGAUCGGAGCACGGCGAGCGGUUCAGCCGGAAAGUGUUUGUCGGCGGGCUGCCGCCGGACAUUGAUGAAGACGAGAUAACGUCGUCAUUCCGGCGCUUCGGCCCGCUGGUGGUGGACUGGCCACACAAAGCGGAGAGUAAGAGCUACUUCCCGCCGAAGGGCUACGCGUUUCUACUCUUUCAGGAUGAGAGCUCCGUAGCGGCGCUGAUGGAAGCCUGCAUAACCGACGAGGACAAGCUCUAUCUGUGCGUGUCGUCGCCCACGAUCCGCGACAAGCCGGUGCAGAUCCGGCCGUGGAAGCUGGCGGACGCGGACUUCGUGCUGGACGCCAGCAUGCCGCUCGACCCGCGCAAGACCGUCUUCGUGGGCGGCGUGCCGCGCCCGCUGAAAGCUGUGGAGCUGGCGAUGAUAAUGGACCGGCUGUACGGCGGCGUGUGCUAUGCUGGCAUCGACACCGACCCCGAGCUCAAGUAUCCUAAGGGCGCGGGCCGCGUGGCGUUCUCGAACCAGCAGUCUUACAUCGCGGCCAUUUCUGCGCGCUUCGUCCAGUUGCAACACGGCGACAUCGACAAGCGUGUUGAGGUGAAGCCGUACGUGCUGGACGACCAGAUGUGCGAUGAGUGUGCGGGCGCGCGCUGCGGUUCUAAGUUCGCGCCAUUCUUCUGUGCGAACGUCACCUGCCUCCAGUACUAUUGCGAGCACUGCUGGGCGACCAUUCACUCGCGACCGGGCCGCGAGUUCCACAAGCCGCUCGUCAAGGAAGGCGCCGACCGCCCGCGCGCGGUGCCCUUCCGCUGGUGUUAGUGCGACGAGGUGAGGGCGCGGUGGUU